GCCACAAUUCCCUCCUUUACGCCUUCAAGACAGAAACCACCAUUUCACAACCCAUUCUUCGCCCUCCCAGAUUAAUCACUUCACUUUCCGGCCUAAUCGAUUGACCUCCUCUUUCGCUUUUCCGAUACCCACUUAGUUUCCUCGCUGAGUCUCUCAGCUCGGCCUAUCAUGUUUACCGCUAUGCGGAGGUGUCCAGCGGCCCUUUCGAGGGCAGUUGCGACCGCAUCCCUUUCCCCGCGAGUUAUACAACUGUCGGCCACACAGGCGUCCAUUGCGUCGAGGAGGAGUGCACCGCGAGUAAACAAUAUUCUGGUCGCUGCAUUCCACGCGAGCGCAAGGUGGCGACAAGCUGUGGCAACGGAGUCUGCCACCGCAGAAGCCGCUCACGAAGAGCCCAUCACCAAGUUUGCGGACCUCGCCAAACGGGGCCUAGUGCAUCCGAACGUAAUCGAUGUAAUCACGAAGAAGAUGAAACUGGAGACCAUGACGGACGUGCAGACUCGGACCAUCAAUGAGGCAUUGAGUGGUGUUGACGUUAUUGCCCAAGCGAAGACCGGUACUGGCAAAACACUGGGUUUCCUGAUCCCAGUUGUCCAAAGGAUAAUACAAAAGGAUCCCCACCUAGCCCAGCGACCCCGUGGUUUCAAAAAGGGUCGCUCAGACGACAUCAGGGCCAUCGUCAUAUCCCCUACACGAGAGCUCGCCGAACAGAUCGCAGUGGAAGCCAGGAAAGUCACCUUUGGUACAGGAAUCAUUGUGCAGACUGCUGUGGGUGGCACACAGAAGAGGGCUAUGCUGCAGAAGACGCAGAGGGAGGGUUGCCAUCUCCUGAUUGGGACACCCGGCCGUUUGCUCGACAUUUUCUCAGAUCCAUACUCCGGCGUGAAGGCGCCGCGGCUAGCUGCCCUUAUCAUGGACGAAGCCGACCGGCUGUUGGACGAUGGUUUCCAGAAGGAAAUCGUCGAGAUCAAAAAUUACCUCCCCGACCCCGAUGAGGUUGAUCGUCAAACGCUCAUGUUCUCUGCCACAGUUCCUCGAGAGGUUGUCGACUUGGUUCGCCGAACACUCAAACCGGGGUUCCACUUCGCGAGAUGUGUCAACGAGGAUGAGGCACCGACCCACGAGCGCAUUCCUCAGAAGAUCGUCCAUGUUUCUGGUUUCGAGAACAUUAUGCCGAGUCUGUACGAGCUAGUCCUGCGGGAGGUGAAGAAAGCCAAGGCUCAAGGUGGCCGCCCCUUCAAGGCCAUCAUCUACUUCAAUUCCACUGCGGAAGUGACUCUUGCCGCAUCCGUUUUCUUCAAGCUUAGUGGUGGCCCCAGGCCCGACAAACCACUUCAUGGUCUCCGCGCCUACGAGAUCCACUCCAAGCUUUCCCAGGCACAGCGCACCAAGGCUUCAGAUAGCUUCCGCUUUGCCGAGUCUGCCGUCUUGUUUUCCUCUGAUGUCACGGCACGCGGAAUGGAUUUUCCCAACGUAACUCAUGUCAUCCAAGUUGGUCUGCCCCGAGACCGCGAAUCCUACAUCCACCGCCUGGGUCGCACUGGUCGUGCAGGAAAAGAAGGAGAGGGGUGGCUCAUUGUCACUCCUAUCGAGCGGCAGGAGGUGCGGAGGCGCCUGCACAAGCUGCCCAUGCAAGAAGAUCGCUCUCUCGAGACAGCCGCUUUGGAUCUGGCCGAGCAACUCGACGUACCUCAUGAAAUUGCUACCCUGCUGAAGGAGGUGACAGAUGCUCAUCAGAAAGUCUAUCCCGAUCAAUUGGAAGCUGCGUUUAGGGGGGUCUUUGGCAGUUUCCAAUGGACAUCCGACAAGCAAGGCCUGCUGGAAGCAGCAAACAGGUGGGCGGAGGUCGGAUGGGGUAUGCCGCAAGCGCCGAAGCCGCCUCAGUCCUUCCUCACUCUUGCCGGCUCCGGCCGCCGGGCCUCCCGACCUAGCAGAGGUGGUGCAAGUUUAUUCGACGACAGCCGCGGUGGUGGUUCCCGAGCCGGCGGGUUUGGCGGACGGUCCGGUGGUGACAGUUGGGGGGGUAGAGGACGUUCAUUCGGUGGUCGAGACGGUUUCGGAGCCCGUUCAGGCGGUGAUAGGGGCGGUCGUCCGGGUGGGAAUGGGCGACCGCGAUUCAGCCGGAGGUCAGAGGAGGAGGAGUUGUUCUCUUAGGUGAGCGGCCUUUUCGUUCUCGUUAUGGCUUCUUGAACUCCAAUCUUCCUCACUGAGAUAUCCGAUCCGGCUUGUAUAUCACCGUUGUGUACAAUAUUUCCCCUCUUCUUUUGCUGCAUCAUCUUUGUCAUUACGCACUGUACUGUAUUAUCUUGAUGGUAUUGGGAGAGGGCCGACAGUAGUCUCAGAGUCUGCCUCGGGGGCAGAGGGCAUCCUGGGUGGGGCGUUCAGACAUGCUACCAUGGUUAGGUGUUUCGGCGUUCUAUCAGGGUGAUCUCCCAACUGGUGAUAGGACAGAGAAAAAAGUUUACUACGUGUUGGCGGUAUUUCAAACCGCUUAUAUGCAAAUGAUAUCGAGCAAGCUACG